CGCUCCACGAGCCGGAAGUUGGUACGUGGCCGCUCCGGCUGACACUCGGCGUGAUGGCGACGGCCGCGCGUAGACCCGAGUCGAACGGCGGCGGCGGCUCUAGCCGCCUGGAAGUCUCCAUCGACGGCUUGACGCUGAGCCCCGAUUCCGAGGGCGAGCAGGAGUCCGUCGAAAGGCUGAAUGCUGAGAUGCAGGGGCAGGAUAAAGGAGCCCCGGGUGCCCCCGAUGGGACGGAUGACGAAAAGGGCGACACUGCCAGAACCAUGGAAUUAAAAUGGGGCUUUUCUCUGCAAGAGCUCUACGGGCUGGCCUUGAAAUUCUUUAAAGAGAAAGACGGCAAAGCCUUCCACCCGACGUACGAGGAGAAGCUGAGGCUCGUCGCACUGCAGAAGCAGGUGUCGCUGGGACCAUACAACCCCGACGCCUCACCCGAGGUUGGCUUCUUCGACGUCCUCGGCAAUGACCGACGGAAAGUAUGGUCUUCCCUGGGCAACAUGGACAAGGAAGAAGCCAUGAUGGAGUUUGUCAGGCUGCUGAAUAACUGCUGUAACUUAUUUGCUCCGUACGUCACGUCGCACCGGAUCGAGAGGGACGAGCAGGAAAGGAAAAGGAAAGAGGAGGAAGAACGGCGGAGGAAAGAGGAAGAGGAGAUGGAGAGACGGCGGCGGGAGGAGGAGCGGCAGCGGCUGGAGGCGGAGGAACGACUGCGACUAGAAGAAGAGAGACUGAGGGUGGAGCAACAGAAGCAGCAGAUUAUGGCAGCUCUGAACGCCCAGACCGCGGUCCAGUUCCAACAGUAUGCAGCCCAGCAGUACCCUGGGAACCUGGAGCAGCAGAUGGUUCUGAUCCGGCAGCUACAGGAGCAGCACUACCAGCAAUACAUGCAACAGCUCUACCAGGUCCAGCUGGCGCAGCAACAGGCUGCCCUGCAGAAGCAGCAGGAGGACACAGUGGGGUCUUUGACCGCAGAGGUGAACAUGAGCGCCGUUGACGGCCUCGCUCUGAAUGGGCAGCACAGCCCCGAGAGCCCAGACAGGCACUCAGAGGUGGAGCCGGCUGAGGAGCUGACGGAGCUGACCGAAAACGGGCCCACAGAAACCAGCCAGCUGAUCGCCGCGCCGUCGAUGUGGACACGGCCGCAGAUCAAGGACUUCAAGGAGAAGAUCCGGCAGGAUGUAGACUCUGUGAUCACGGUGGGCCGCGGCGAGGUGGUGACAGUCCGUGUGCCCACGCACGAGGAGGGUUCCUACCUUUUCUGGGAGUUCGCCACCGAUCAUUACGACAUCGGCUUCGGGGUCUACUUUGAGUGGACGGACUCGGGCGACACCGGCGUUAGCGUGCACGUCAGCGAGUCCAGCGACGACGACGAGGACGACGGGGGGGACGGCCAUAGCGAACAGGAGAAAGCUAAGAAGACCAGCAGCAAGCCUCAGGUGGACGAGAUCGUGCCAGUAUACCGGAGGGACUGCCACGAGGAGGUAUACGCAGGGAGCCACCAGUACCCCGGCCGUGGCGUCUAUCUCCUCAAGUUCGAUAACUCCUACUCCCUCUGGAGGUCCAAAGCAGUCUACUACAGAGUCUACUACACUAGAUAAGCCAGGAGGCAGAUGGAGGAGUGUACAGGCCAGACCCGAGUGGACGCUGAGGAUGAUCGUCACUGACCCCUCAAGAUGAUGGGGGAGGCACGGAGACUGUUUGUAUCCCACUUUGGGAUGGGCCUCUCUUCCCGUUUGUCUGGAUUGAGGAAGAAAAAUGAAAUUUGUCUACCACCUUCCUGCUCCUGUGUUUGUGAAAGUCGCGCAUCUGUUUCCGAGCGACCGCCCGCUGUCCUGCCACAGUCGUCCUCCCUUCCUGGUUCUGUCUUUGUUCUUUUCUUCACUGUGUUCUUUUUCUUCUCCGCUUAUGGUUGCUAGCUGGUUAAUGGUUUGUGAACUGCACUAAGUGCAGUUAAUCAUUAACGCGGAAACAUCUGCCUCUCACCCUGUUACUCUCAGCUCCUCCGAGGAGCGAUCUGUGCAGACCCUGGGAGCCGUGAAUAAUAAACUGAGAGAAACCACAUCAGCGAAAGCCUGUGUGAGGAUCUUAAAGGGACGGCGCCACUUUUGGGCACACAUAUAGGGAAACGAGCUCGGUAUCGAUUUGCUAAACAGCAUCUUUGCAUGUGGGAGAUAUUUUAUGAAAGUAUGGGUUGUAGAAAUUUUGUGUGUGGGGGGGGGGAUGCUUACCAGUGCUGCUAAAGGGUUUAAAUUGGUGUUGGGUGGGUGUAGGAGUGAGUGUGUAUGUGCGCCCCAUAAAGAAUACACCACAAAACUGCAUAGUCUGAUUUUCAGAAGCACCCCAUCUUGCUUUAUGGUUAUUUGAGAAGAAUAGUCUAUUUAACAGUAACCUGGGACAAGACAAGGAUUUGUUGCAGUAUUAGGUUGCCAAGUGUUCAAGGUACUAACUCUGGGUUUGGUCAAAUAUUCAUCUUGAUGCUCAUUACAUAUUAUGGCUCAAAGCAAAAUAUACUUAAUUAUUCACUUUGAAUUGUGGCUUAUUGAAACUGAAAUUGGAUCAGUUAACAUAAUUAUUUCCCCCUGAUAUGUCUGGAUUAAACAUUUUAAAUGAGCACAGCAGAAUAAGGUUUAAAUGGCAUUUAUGUGAGGAAUGUGAACAGAUACAUUGAUUCCGUAAGACUGUAAAUGGACACAUUGAAUCUGUAUACUUGUAUUUUCGUCACUCUCUGGACUCCAGAUCUUUCCAAUCCUCCCCUCUCACUCAGCCUUUGAUCGAUCUCCCUCCCUCGUCCCCGUUGACAACUUUCUGGUGGUUUCGUUUGAACUCAGCGUUGUGUGCUAGGCAGGGAAAACCGACAUGGCUGAACGGAAGCCUGUGUUUAUCUUUGCACCUUGUUUGGGCUCAAUGGUCUCAAUAAACAGGAGGACGCCUUUCACAUCGGUCAGUGUCACACAGCUCUUUUUGUGCUGUCUGUCCCUCCCCCUGACUUUUUCAGUUUGGCUUAACCCAUCUAUAUGACAGUCACUUCUCUGUAUCACGCUUACUAAUGCAGGCAAGCUACGUGCAGCGUUAGCACGUUGCUAAGAACGAAAACCUGUUUGGCCGCUCUUAAGCGUUAAGUUUACUUGUUCCUUUCACACUAAAGCAGCUCACUGACUGUCACCUUCAUUUCCUUUAACUUGAGCCCCUUUUUAACCUGCGCCGUGUGCUUCCUGGGUGAACUUCUAGCUACGUGCUACCGGAAUAUCCGCGCUUUUUGCCGUAAUUUUUGCACUGGUUUGUAUGUGAUACUUCAGUCACAGUUGCCGUGGACCUCCCAGGUUGCCAUGUCUUUACAGUGUAGGAAAGGCGUCCGUUUACUGCACAUCGCCCCCUGUCACUGUUAACGUUGAUGCCAGGUGGUGUGGGAUGGGCGUCUAUAACCAGGACCGUAUCACCAACAGACUGGGCUCUAUAUGCAAACUGUAGGUUUCAAAUGUUACAAUGGGCAAAGAAGGAUUUUGGUUUGUUGGGGUGUAAAUCUGUGGGGUGUGUAUUUUAAUCUUUAAUUAAACUUCUGUCUACCUGUAA